CAGGUAUAGGACAGCAUGAGCCACGUCUCAGCCAAUCACAAUCCAGAGUCCAGGUCUAGUGAACAGUGGUUUUAAGCUGAUAACAGUUGUGAGCCGAGCUCUAUAGAGCUCAAUGUGUCUGAAGAAAUACCUUGGGACUGUAUCAGCCUCCAUCUGCUUAGUUUCACUGUUUCUUUUCUUUUUUAAAUUAAUCCAUUCUUAGUAGCGUAUAUAAAAUUAGUUUUUAAAGAAAGAUGUUUUUCUCCGCGCUGCUGUUUCUUGCCAGUUGGGGUUUGUUCGGUUCUGUUUCGGGUUCUCCCGCCGUGGAGGAAGCGUACGGCGCUGUGGUCGGCGUCGUGUCUCCCGGACAGCAGCAUCUGACCGGGGACUCCCUUCGCUCCCUCUUUAAUACACUGGAGAAACGUGUGCAGUGCGGUGAAGUGUCGUGUGAAAAGUGUGAUCUAACAGAUGCCGUUCACCAGCUGAUCAGCAAUCACUCCAUCCACCUAAAAAAUGUAACCAUCAGUGUGUCUCAGUUCACUGCUCUCGCUGCCGGAUGCGUCCUGUACCUUUCCUCUCCCGGCCUGGUCUGCACCGCGACAAGCCAGGGGAGAUGGGGAGAGGAGGCCGAACAUUUCCUACAUAAAAUCACACAUGAGGAGAGCGAGCAGCACCAGGACCAUGAACACGAGCACAUAGACGUUCACGGGUUAAAGGUGCUGCUUCAAGAGCUUCACGACCACUAUGAGCCCGCAGACAGUGAGAGCUGUGUAACAGCCAGUGACAUCAUGACAGAGAUCAACGCAUCAUCACCAGACCAGCGACAGGAAGUGGGUGCAGUUUUGGGCCGCAUCAUGUUUCACGCCUUGCAAGGUCACUGCUUCAUUAGCCAGUCUCUGCCUGAGGAGAGUUUCUUCCUGGACUACAUCGUGGACCGUCUGGGGUCAGAGAAUUUCACUGUCAGGGAUUUGGAGGCUCUCAUGAGGAGUCUGAACCUCGGACCUGACCUGGAGGACCACGAAAUCGAGCACCACGAAGAUGAACACGCUGAUCAUGAUCAUAGGGGUUUAAGGUGGAGGAAGAGGAGCAGCCAUGAACAUCACGAGGGGCAUGAAGGAAACACCACCUGGGAUCAGGCCUGUUUCUCAGCUGAAGAGCUGGUCCUGAUCUAUGGUCUGGCAGACAACAGCUCUGCCUCGUCUGGCCUGGGUCGGUCCGGCUUGGCUCGGCUCAGCCCUGCGCUCGUCCAGCAGAUCCUGAGCGGAGCCUGUACAGGCAUCACAGAACCACUGAAACCAGAUGGGCUCACCACGACUGAAAGAUACCUCUAUGCAACCCUUGCAAACAUGGUGAUAACUCUGAUGUCUAUGUUUGGCAUUGUGGUGCUGCUGUGUACCUCCUGUACCAAUGUGUUCCAGUUGUGUAUCCAGUUCUGCAUCAGCCUGGCUGUAGGUUCACUCACUGGAGAUGCCCUACUGCACCUGCUACCCAUGUUUCUAGGUUUACACGUGCACUCAGACGACACCGGUGGCGAAAUGCAUUCACAUGCCAGACACCAGGAAGAAACUCCAGACUACAUUUACAAGAUGUUGGUGGUGAUCGCCGGGAUCUACUACUUUUAUCUAAUGGAAACAAUCUUCUCUCUGAUCGCAUAUAAAGAUAAUCAUCACCAUCAUCAACAUCAUCAUGGGGAGGAAUCAGAGCCUCACCACUGUGACCACGGGAGAGUUUUAGAAAUGUAUCAACAGGAAAGGAAACAAAAAGACAAGUCACAGUCAACAUCAAAAGCAGACCUGGUUGGCUAUGAAGACAGUGAGAAAUCACUUUCAGAGCCAAAAGAACGCAGCAGAGAACAGCGUCUGCUGCCUUAUAUGAUAACUAUCGGUGACGGGAUCCACAACUUUGCAGACGGCUUAGCGAUGGGCGCAGCUUUCUCCCUGUCAUGGAAGUCUGGUCUGGCCACAUCACUAGCUGUACUCUGCCAUGAGCUACCACAUGAACUGGGUGAUUUUGCCAUUUUGCUCCACAGUGGUAUGUCUGUCCGCAGGGCACUGCUUUUAAACGUCGGCAGCGCCAUGACCUCGUUCAUUGGACUAUACAUCGCUCUGUCUGUAGCCACUGACCUCGCGACCAAACAGUGGAUAGCUGCCAUUACUGCAGGACUCUUCCUGUAUGUGGGGCUGGCUGAUAUGCUGCCCACCAUGGUCCACAUCAGCAACAAGAGACCCUGGCUGAUAUUUCUGCUGCAGAAUGUCGGCCUUCUGACCGGGUGGGGUAUUCUGUUGGUGCUGUCGCUUUAUGAAGACAGAAUCAGCUUUUAAAACAUGGACAGUCAUGGACACACAUGCUCACACAUCAGUUUAGUGGGUUCAUUUUGCUUUUGGUAUAAUCUAUGACUGGGUGUUUAUGGGCGUAACUCAUAAAUGAGACCGAUGGGCAAGAUGGCCCUUGUUCCCAUUAACAAAAGGGUAAACAAGCUGUCAGAUGGGGAACUAAUCCAGUCAUACAGGUUCUUGAAAAGUGAUUAAAAUUUGCUGUGCCACCCAAAUGCCUUAAACUCCAAAACCCUUCGACCACAGAUGUGGUUAUUUGACCAUGUUUCAAACAUUAUUCACUAAUACUUCGUGCAGAAUAAUGGCACAGUGGCCUCCCUGUGAACGUUACCGUAUAUUUUAAUCAAGACAGUAUAUUGCCAUCUUUUUAGGUACACCCAUGGUGGUGGGCAAAAUAUUAAACACCUUACCACAUAACGCAAUCCAGCACGCUAACGCCACAAACUACAACCAGGAAAAUAAUACUUCUCUGACAAAAACAGAGUAUAAUAAGUUUUAUAAAAGGUAGGAUUUAUUACAGGACUUCUGUAGUGGGCUGCAGUGGAUGUAGCCAGGAAUUCAACUAUUAAACUGGAAUCUAACUGUACAUAUUGUUGCUUUUACAAUCAAAAAAUGUAUCAAUAAUGUUCUGGUAAAAAACAAAGUGGACUAAUUUACAAAUGUUGAGAUUGGUCAUUUGACUGCUCACCUCAUCUUUCCUCCUCACGCUUCAUUUUGUAGCCAUUUACACACACACACACACACACACACACACACACACACACACACACACACACACACACACACACACACACACACACACACACACACACACACACACAC